GAAACACUGACAAAUCGACAAGUGACAAUUUUACCUACUGUAAUUUUGAUAUAUGGCUUUUCAGAUCAACCUGCAUAAAAAUAAUUACAUUUAAAAAAUAAUUACGUUUAUUUUAAGUGAAAAAGUGAAGGUAUAAGAAUUAAGUGAGAAUGGCUAGAAAUGUUUCGCCUACAGAAUUGGAAAAUUCAUCACCACCACACUCGAAGACCUCAAAUAAUGAUGAUUGGACUUGCGAUGACUGUGGAAAUGAAAAUUUUGCUCGAAGAAAUAAUUGUAAUAGAUGUAGUAAAGCACGCACAAAUCUAGCCAAAAAGAAGAAACUUGGCACUGAAAUUGGCAAGGCAGCUGCUGAAAAAAGUGGUGGUCUAUUCAAUGCUGAAGACUGGCAGUGUUAUAAAUGUGCAAAUGUUAACUGGGCCCGAAGACAGCAUUGUAAUGUGUGCAACACUCCCAAAUUUGCUGUAAUGGAGGAAAGAACUGGUUUUGGUGGUGGAUAUAAUGACCGAGAAGUUGUUGAAUAUAAGGAAAGACAAGAAUCUGAUGAUGAAUAUGAUGAAUUUGGACGAAGGAAGAAACUGAGAAAGAACAGUGAUAGGUCUAGUUAUAGAGGUAGUAGCGAUGAGGAUGUGAAAAAAACAAAAGAUGAACCUGUAAAGAAAAAACCUAAACUGGAGGAAGUUGUGCAAAAAGAGGACGAGGAGGAAGAUGAUGAAGAAGAGGAUGAUGAUGAUGAUGGAGAUCUUUCCAAAUAUGAUUUAUCUGAUUUUGGCGAUGCCACUUGUUCAAAUGAUGGGAAAAAAAAUUAGGUGGAAAUGAUAGUGAUAAAUUUUAUUCUAAAUUAUAUAACAUUUGUCAAUUGAUCAAACUCUAAAAGGAAGAGUCAAUUGAACUCUAAGGAUAAUUGUUAAAAAUCAAGGGAACUACAUUUUUUCAUAUUAAUAAUUCUUUAUUGCAAUUAUUUUCAAAAGUAACUGGCCUUUUACUUCUGGGUUAUUGAAAAACAUAAAAGUAAGUUCUAUAAAAGAGUUAACUUAUUUUUCAGAGAUAAAUCUAGCAAUUUUGAUCUUGAAAGUAAGUUUGAAGAUUAUUUAUUUGUAUUUGCAAAAGUUCAUAUUUAAUUGUAUUUUCUUGGUCAAAGGUUACCCUGCAACAUGGAACCAUGAAGUGUUCUUUCUGUGCAAGAAAUAAUUGAAAUUUCAAUCUUUUCUACAUAAUUUUUAGCUUCCAUCAUGAAUAUUUCCUCUCCUGACUAUAACUGACAUUUUGAUAGCUGCACUGUUCUCGUCACGUUUACAAUUCAGUUUUUGAAAUACUUUUUGGUGCGUAAAGUCAAUUAGAAAAUAGGGCAAUGUAGGGAUUUAUACUUUUGUUUAUUGGAGUUGUCUUUUGUACUAAGUAAUCCAUAGAUAUUGAAAUAAUUCUAGAUAAAUUUCGUUGUAGUUUACUAGAGAUAUCCCACCUUUUCAUUAGAUAUAUUUCAAAGUUAAGCAUUCCAGAGUUGUAGUAGUGCAAUUCCAAGUAAUCAAUCAGAGAUAGUGGUACUGAUUAAAUUUAGAGAUGUCUUCGAUCAAUCUUUCCAUCCCAGAAUUCACCAUUUUUGUUUGUUUUUACUCUGUAUAAUCGAACAAUUCAGAUGAAAUUUAUAAAAUCUUGUGUAUGUUGAGAAAUAAAUGUUUUUGAAAUA